CUUCACAUUCGGUUCGAGGAAGUCUUCCACACUCUUCAGAUCCCUACUUUUCCCCUCGUUCUCACACACACGCUCUCUGAACCUCCACCACAACACAGCAACCAUGAGCGCAACGGAGCCCACCACCAGCGCCGACACGCCAAUGGAGUCGCCCGAGAAGCUCGACAAGGGCAAGGGAAAGAUGGCCGCGCAGGAUCCCACGCAAGAAGAGGAGGACGACGAUGAAGAGGAGAGCGAAGAAGACGAAGAGGUCGGUGAAGGUAAUCACUCACUCACCACGGCAUCCCCUGCCCAAUGCAGCAUCCACUGACAUCAACGCAAUGCACAGCCGAAGCAGAAGACGCCGACGAGGACAACAUGGACGAAAUCGACCUCGACAACAUCGUGGGCACGCGCACGCGAGGCAAGAACAUCGACUAUGCGCAGGCGGCCAAGGAUUUGGAAGCCGAGCAGGCCGAGGACGACGAGGAUGAUGAGGAGGAUGACGACUUUGAGGAUCCGGAUACCGCUAUGGAGGAGUAAGGGGCACGUCUCUGGAGGGCGCUCUUCGUCGCAUACGGGAGGUGUAGCUGCUGUGCGCUUUCGGGUCUGCUUCGAUCGGG